AUGGAGGACCGAGUUAAAAAUGCUGUGUUUGUCUAUAAUAGGAAAAUUUCCGUUAAACCCAAGCAGGUGGAGACCUUAUGUCAUGUUCUUAACGGUAACAAUGUCUUGGUUAACUUGCCAGUUGGAUAUGGGAAGAGUUUGAUCUUCCAUGUUUUACCAGAACUGUUGAAAUCCGAUACAAAAACCACUCCAAUCGUUAUUGUGAUUUCGCCGCUAAACAUUAUUCAUAAGGACCAGUUGUCUUCAUUGGCCGAGCACAGCAUUCCCUCUUAUAGACUAAACAUUGAAACGAAGCUUUGUGAUUUCACGGAAGAUGGUAAGGUAUAUGAAGCAAAUUCCGACGUAAACCUGGAUGAUGUUAUUGCCGGGAAAUUUCGCCAUGUGUUUUGUCAUCCCGAAGCUUUGCUGAAUACAAGUCUUGGAAGGAAAUUACUCGACAAUGAUGAUUUUUGUAGCUUAGUCGUGGCUGUGGUGGUUGACGGAUGUCACAUUUUAGAUAAAUGGUAA